UCUCCCAACGUUCAUAACUACCCAGAUAUGGAAGCCGUGCCCCUCUUGCUGAACACCAUGAAGGCCGAGCCAGAAGAAGACACCUUGUGCACGGAUCAUUUCCAGACGCAGACGGAGCCGGUGGACUUAUCCAUCAACAAAGCCCGAUCCUCCCCUCUUGCCACCUCCUCUUCACCAGUAUCAAUUACCGCCUCUGCAUUGUCCCCCUCUUCAACUUCAACGUCUUCUAGUCGGCCAGCUUCGUCUCCCACGGUAAUAACCUCGGUGGCAUCGGCAACAUCGGCCCCAUCAGUAUUAACUCCAGGUCCGCUUGUGGCAUCUGCCUCUGGUGUUGGAGGGCAACAAUUUUUGCACAUAAUCCACCCGGUUCCACCUUCGAGCCCCAUGAACCUUCAGACCAACAAAAUGAGUCACGUCCACCGCAUUCCUGUGGUGGUGCAGUCGGUACCGGUGGUCUACACUGCGGUGAGAUCACCAGGAAAUGUGAACAACACUAUAGUAGUACCACUACUAGAGGACGGGAGAAGUCAUGUCAAAGCACAAAUGGACCCUCGUGGCCUAUCUCCCAGACAGAUUAAAAGCGACAGUGACGAUGAUGACCUACCCAACGUGACUUUGGAUAGUGUGAAUGAGACUGGAUCCACAGCCCUCUCAAUAGCCAGAGCUGUUCAAGAUUCAAUUUCACCGUUUAGCAUUGAGAGCACAAGACGCCAGAGACGGUCUGAAUCGCCAGACUCUCGAAAGCGCCGCAUCCACAGGUGUGAUUUUGAAGGGUGCAAUAAGGUUUACACGAAAAGUUCCCACCUGAAGGCUCAUCGGAGGACCCACACAGGUGAGCAGCUCCAGUUGGUGCCAUAAAUACAUGUGACAUCAGUGAACAUUGGCAGACAUGAAUUCAGUGGUGAUUGCAGUUUGAAGAGCUGGACAGAAUUCCAUACGGUACAGUUCUUUUGGUAAUUUCCACCCGCUAUAAUCUCUGCUGGGUCCUUUUGACCAGUGCUGCAAUGUGAAUGUCCCAGAUCAGGUCCUCUUGUAUAACACCCAGAAAGUUUAAACUGGCCUCCUGUUCCACUCGCUCUCCAUUGAUAAGCAAGGGCUGGAUGUCUGAUCUAUUCCUUCUGUUGUCUAUACAGUAAGCUCUUUGGUCUUAUUGGUGUUAAGGACCAAGUUAUUGUCUCCACACUACAAAAGCAACCAUUCCACCUCACCUUGAUAGGCAGACUGUUUCCCCCACUCCCGGAGGUGAGUCCCACCACUGUUGUAUCAUCUGCAAAUUUAGUAAUAGUAUUACUAGUGUGAGUGGGAAUGCAGUCAUGCACAUAAAGAGUAUGUUCACAUUUCAGACAAGAUCUGGGCUGAAGGCUUUGUGCCAGGAAAGAAUGGCAAGUGC